CCCCUUUGUCAACAAACUGAGGCUCAGGACACAUGUUCAAAUUACAGUUCUGGCGCAUUUCUUGGUGCAAGCGGACAAGUAGCAGAAGUGCAAAAAGUGAGUGCAGUGUGGUAGACAGUGCUGCUUUAAAAUAAGAUUCCACGAUCUACGAGUGAAAAGGCCGCUGGAUCCUCUGAGACAAAACUAACUAAAUACAAGCUGUGCCCGCCCAGGAGAUCAAACUUUAACCCUGGGCUGAAUCUAACAAGGAAGGACAUAAAUAGUGAUCGGUUCCCCCCCUUCUGUCUUCUUCUUCUCUGGUGGAGACAUGGGGAAAGGUUUCUACAUCAGCAAAGCGGUGGCAGUAACCUGUGUGGUUGUAGCCAUCGCUGCUGUGGCCACCAUCAUAGCCCUGUCUGUGGUUUACGCUCAGGAGAAGUCCAAGAAUGAAGCAAUAUCUCCACCCACCACCAGCCCUGACACUACCACCAUCACCCCUACCACGCCGUCCACCCCGAAGGAGCCCUGGCAGCGCUACAGACUUCCAGACUCCCUCGCUCCUGUCUCCUACAAUGUGACCCUUUGGCCCCGGUUGAAGACCAACGCAGACGGCCUGUACAUAUUCUCCGGACACUCCACAGUAGUCUUCACAUGUGUGAAGGAGACCGACCUCAUCCUCAUCCACUCCAACAGGCUGAACCUCACCGCCUUUGAGGGUUACCAUGCCAAGUUGAAGGGCCUGGAUGGAGCCACUGCACCCAGCCUGAAAAACACCUGGCUGGAGGUUCCCACCCAGUACCUGGUGAUCCAGCUCAGUGGCCCGCUGCAGGCUGGGAGCAAGUAUGAGCUCUUCACGGAGUUUGUUGGAGAACUGGCUGACGACCUGGGAGGAUUCUACAGGAGUGAAUACUUUGAGGAUGGGGUGAAAAAAGUUGUGGCCACAACUCAGAUGCAGCCAACUGAUGCCAGGAAAGCUUUCCCCUGCUUUGACGAGCCGGCUAUGAAAGCUGUCUUCCACAUGACCCUCAUUCACCCCCAGGAGACUGUGGCUCUGUCCAAUGCCAUGAACUACGACCCUGUUAACAUCACUAUGGAUGGCCAGAAAUUAAUCCAGACAAGAUUUGAACCAACAGAGAUUAUGUCAACGUACUUGCUGGCUUUUGUUGUGUGUGAUUUUGCCUACAUUGGGACGAAACCAGGGGCAGAAGUUUUGAUCAGGAUCUGGGCUCGCAGGAAGGCCAUUGAAGAGGGCCAAGGAAACUAUGCCCUUGAGAAGACUGGACCCAUACUGUCAUUCUUUGAGAACUACUACAACUCUUCCUACCCCCUGACCAAAUCAGACCAGAUCGCUCUUCCUGACUUCAGUGCUGGAGCGAUGGAGAACUGGGGCCUGAUCACCUACAGAGAGACUGCCCUCUUAUAUAAUCCUGACGUGUCGUCCAAUGGAGACAAGGAAUGGGUGGCAACAGUCAUCUCCCAUGAGCUCGCUCAUAUGUGGUUUGGGAACUUGGUGACCAUGAAGUGGUGGAAUGACUUGUGGCUCAAUGAGGGAUUUGCCACCUACGUCUCUUAUCUUGGAGCCAACUAUGCUGAACCAACAUGGAAAAUGAAAGAUUUAAUAGUUCUGAAUGAGAUUGUUGGUGUGAUGGCUGUGGAUGCUUUGGCCUCUUCCCAUCCCCUUUCAUCCAAAGAGGAGGACAUCCAGAUGCCAGAGCACAUCAGUGAACUGUUUGACUCCAUCACAUACAGCAAGGGAGCUGCAGUCCUCAGGAUGCUCUCAGAGUUUAUCACAGAGACUGUCUUUUCCAAAGGACUCAGUACAUAUUUAGAGGAGUUCAAGUAUAAGAACACAGUCUACACAGACCUGUGGAAGCACCUGCAAAUGGCAGUGGAUAAAGCGGGCAUAAAGCUGCCCAGUUCUGUGGAGGUUAUCAUGAACCGAUGGAUCCUACAGAUGGGAUUCCCUGUGGUCACCAUCGACACCAAGACUGGAAAAAUCACCCAGAAACACUUCCUGCUGGACCCAGACUCUGUAGUGGACAGACCAUCAGAGUUCAAUUAUGAGUGGUUUGUUCCUAUUACAUGGAUUAAGACUGGUGUAGAAAGACAGCAAUACUGGCUUGUGGACAAAGAAGCUACAAAUAACGACAUGAUGCUGAAUGCUAAUGAUUGGUUGGUGGCCAACGUAGAUAUGAGGGGCUUCUACAGAGUAAACUAUGAUGCUGGAAACUGGGAGCGUCUCCUCGCCAAGCUGAGCUCCCAACAUAAGGACAUUCCUGUGAUCAAUCGUGCUCAAAUUAUCGAUGAUGCUUUUAACCUUGCAAGGGCUGAGAUGGUGAAUACAACUCUUGCCCUGAGGACUACCAAGUUCCUCAAUAAAGAAGUAGAAUACAUGCCCUGGCAGACUGCCAGAAACAACCUGGACUACUACUUCCUCAUGUUUGACCGUAGUGAAGUGUACGGACCCAUGCAGGCUUACAUAAAGAGACAGGUCUCUCCUCUGUUUAACUACUUCAAAGAUCUCACUCUCAACUGGACAAAGAUCCCUGAAAGUCACACUGACCAGUACAAUCAGGUGAAUGCAAUCUCCUUGGCCUGCAGCACUGGAGUGAAAGGUUGUCGGGAUCUGACCACCGGCUGGUUCAGAGAGUGGAUGAAAAACUCCACAAACAACAAGAUUAGCCCCAACCUGAAAUCCACAGUGUACUGCAGUGCAAUAGCAGCAGGAGGAGUGGAGGAGUGGGACUUUGCGUGGUCCAUGUACAAGAACGCUACAAUUGCAUCAGAAGCUGAAAAACUUAUGCAUGCUCUGUCAUGCACCAAACAGCCCUGGCUGCUGAACAGGUAUCUGCAGUAUUGUCUGGACCCAGAAAAGAUCCGUAAGCAGGACGCCACCAUCACCAUAAUUUACAUUGCUAGUAACCCCAUUGGUCAGCCUCUGGCUUGGGACUUUAUCAGAGCCAACUGGAACCAUAUAUUCAAUGACUAUGGCGGUGGAUCAUUUUCCUUUGGCGGAAUAAUUAAUGGGGUGACCAAACGUUUCUCCACUGAGUUUGAUUACAAGCAGCUGCUGCAGUUCAAAGAAGACAACGCAGGGCAGCUCGGUUCGGCCACCACAGCUCUUGAGCAGGCGCUGGAGAGAACCAAGGCCAACAUGAACUGGGUGGCCAUGAACAAGAAACAGGUGCUGGAGUGGUUCACCAGUGAAACCUCCUCUCCAGUUUAACGACCCAAACACACCUUCCAGUCUACAGUUUUCAGAUUGUUCUGGAAACUUAUAAACCAGCUGUAAUCAAAUUUGUUAUUAAAUAUUAUGUAUAUUCUAAAUGCAAUGGAGAUUUUGUAAUGUAAAGUUUUGAUAAAGCCUUUUUAUGGAUUAUUUGAUACUAGAAUCUGGUUUCGUAUGUGGGAAAUGUCUUACUUGCUGUCAAACUAUGACAACAUUUUAAAGAUCACAGAAUUUCACAACACAAAAAAAAGUGAUACUCUGUGCUCACCCAAUAAAAGCCAUUUUAAAUUGUGA